AACUUCACCAGCAUCAUUAUAUCUGAAUAUUUUUUCUUUCAGUUAAGGCAACUUGAGGAAAAGUCAGACAUGAGUCUCUCUGGAAAAGACAAGGCCGUGGUGAAGUCCUUCUGGGAAAAAUUGAGCGCGAAGUCCGCCGACGUUGGGGGUGAGGCUCUCGGCAGGAUGCUGACUGUAUACCCGCAGACCAAGACCUACUUUUCACACUGGGCGGACCUGAGUCCUGACUCCCCACAGGUGAAGAAGCAUGGUGCAACCAUCAUGGCAGCGGUUGGAGAUGCCGUCGGAAAGAUUGAUGACCUUGUGGGUGCCCUCACCAGCCUCAGCGAGCUGCAUGCCUUCAAGCUCAGAGUGGAUCCUGCCAACUUCAGGAUCCUGGCCCACAACAUCAUCUUGGUUUCAGCCAUGUACUUCCCCGCAGAUUUCACUCCAGAGGUCCACGUCUCCUUUGACAAGUUCCUGCAGAACCUGGCUCUUGCUCUGUCUGAGAGAUACCGCUAAACUCCGGCGAUCCAGGAGCAUCGACUGCACACAAGCUGCAUGUCAUCCACAACGAUGUCAAAGUCCCUUUUAAAAUGGAAGGGCUUUGUGAAUAAAUUGAAUACAUGUAAAA